AAUCACAUGAAAUUAGUUAAUGGGUGUAGAUUUCUGUCAUCAUGGCCCUGUUCAGUCGUAGUGCAAUUUUUGCUGAAGGUUUUCUGCGAAAAUCAGGCCCUAGGGUUCUGGCCUUUGCGAAUCAACGGAGGAACCUCAAUGUCCAGGAGCAUGUUUCCUACACUCUUCUCAAUGAGGCUGGUAUUCCAACGCCAAAGUUCGGAGUGGCUACAUCGGGGAAGGAUGCAUCCAGGAUUGCCAAUGACCUCAACACCAACAAUCUCAUACUGAAGGCUCAGGUUCUGGCCGGAGGACGUGGAAAGGGUCACUUCAAGAAUGGCCUAAAGGGCGGCGUGAGGGUUGUUUACACGAGUGAAGAUGCUGAGAAGAUUGCUUCCAAAAUGAUUGGCGAGAAGCUGAUUACGAAGCAAACUGGUGCUGCUGGAAGAAUUUGCAAUUCUGUGAUGGUGGCGGAGCGUAAAUUCCCCCGAAGAGAAUUCUAUUUUGCCGUUAUGAUGGAACGAGCAUUCAACGGUCCAGUGUUGAUCGCUUCCUCUCAGGGUGGUGUCAAUAUUGAGGAUGUGGCUGCUGAAGAUCCCAGCGCCAUUAUUUACGAACCCAUUGACAUCACCAGUGGCCUGACCAAGGAGCAGGCAUUGCGCGUAAUCAAGAAGGUUGGCUUGGAAGCAGUGUCUGACAAUGUGUCUCAGGUUCUGCUCAACAUGUACGACAUGUUCCUGAAGAAGGAUGCUCUUCUCAUUGAAAUUAAUCCCUUCGCCGAAGAUGCCGCAGAGACAUAUUUUGCUCUGGAUGCAAAGAUGCGCUUCGACGACAACGCCGAGUUCCGUCAGAAGGAUCUCUUUGCGUUGCGCGACGUGACGCAGGAAGACCCGAAGGAGGUUGAGGCUGCAAAGUUUGACUUGAACUACAUCACGCUGGAUGGGACAAUUGGUUGUCUCGUGAAUGGUGCUGGCUUGGCAAUGGCCACAAUGGACAUUAUCAAGCUCUACGGAGGAGAUCCGGCUAAUUUCUUGGAUGUGGGCGGCAGUGCCAGUGCCCAGGCUGUCAAGGAAGCCUUCAAGAUCAUUACGGCCGACCCGAAUGUUCAUGCAAUUCUUGUGAAUAUCUUUGGUGGCAUUAUGAGGUGCGAUGUGAUCGCUGAAGGUAUUAUUGCUGCUGCAACGGAGCUCAAUCUCAAGACUCCCAUCAUAUGUCGGCUGCAGGGGACGAAUGUUGAUGAGGCGAAGGCGUUGAUUAAAAAUUCAAAAUUGCGAAUUUUACCACGAGACGACCUGGAUGAAGCUGCCAAUUUGUCCGUUCAUCUCGCCCAAAUUGUCCAUUUGGCACGCGAAGUAAACUUGGACGUCAACUUUGAGAUACCAGAUUACCACAAGUAAUUCAGUUGAUAACACAGGAGAUUUCAUCCUCAGGCGGGUAAUUCCACGUAAAAAGUAAAUUAAAUUAAAAGAAAAAAUACCCACAUAGAUCAUUCAAAAAAAAAUACGAGAUGGAGAAAAAAGAAACAGGAAGUUCUCUUUAAAAAAAAGUCUUUCGGUAUUUCUCGAUUAAAAGAAAAUCUUUAAGGAAUAAAAAAAAACCACAUAAAUGUUGUUGAGAAAGUAAAUAAUUUAUUUUUCUUUUAGUUUCUGUGCAUAAUUCUUUUUUUUUUCUGUUGUAUGCAAUCGAAUAAAAUGAAUUCGCUUAGCUAAAAUAAAUGGAGAAGAAAAAAUGCUAGAGAAUAUAAAAAAUUAUAACUAA